AUGGAUAACCACUGUUUGCGAAUAAAAAUCCUCGGUGACUGCUACUACUGCGUUUCAGGUCUUCCAGAACCAAGAACUGACCAUGCGCAUUGCGCCGUAGAGAUGGGACUGGAUAUGAUCGACGCAAUUGCGAGCGUUGUGGAAGCUACAGAUGUCCAACUGAAUAUGAGAGUCGGAAUCCAUUCUGGAAGAGUACUUUGCGGAGUCCUGGGUCUUAGAAAGUGGCAGUACGAUGUAUGGUCCAACGACGUAACACUAGCUAAUAAUAUGGAGGCUGGCGGUGAACCAGGGAGAGUUCACAUUACCCAAGCCACAUUAGAUUAUUUAGGAGGAGAAUACGAAGUUGAACCUGGUAACGGCACAUCUAGAAACCAAUAUCUCCGAGAUCACUGCGUCACCACAUACUUCAUAGUACCACCAGCUAGACGAAGAAAGCCACUGUUGUUCAACACGCUGCAGGUUCGAUCGGCUCUGGGUGCUGCCCAGAGAAGGAAGCUGUCCUUCAAGAACGUCUCCAACGUCGUGGUCCAACUGCUUCAUUCCAUCAAGUACUCCAUGGAGGUGCCUUUCUCCAAUAUGGCGCUGCAGACAGAUCUCAAGGCGACGAACGCUAGGAAGGUGAGCAGAUUUAUUUAUUUUUUAUACUUAAGAUAAGCUUAUAAAAAGAAAUAAAGCAACG